UUCGGCGUGCGGACCGUGCUGGGAGGCGCACGGUGCAGCGCAGCUCGGGGGAGGCGGCUGGCAGGGUGGGAGCACGCGGGCGGGAGAGUGAACCCCAGGCGGAGCAUCCCAGCCUCAGCGCGAGCCUUCACACGGUCCCUGGGCCAGCACCUCGCAGGACCCUCUGUCACGCACGCCGGGCCGAGCCCACUCAUGAAGCCGCCCGCGGCGCAGAGCAGCCCCGCGGCCGCCGCGGCCGCAGCCCCGGCCUUGGACUCCGCGGCCCCCGGGGACUUGACGGAUGCGCUGUGCGAGUUUGACGCGGUGCUGGCUGACUUCUCGUCGCCCUUCCACGAGCGCCACUUCCACUACGAGGAGCACCUGGAGCGCAUGAAGCGGCGGAGCAGCACCAGUGUUAGUGACAGCAGCGGCUUCAGCGACUCCGAGAGUGCAGAUUCGCUUUAUAGAAACAGCUUCAGCUUCAGUGAUGAAAAACUGAAUUCUCCAACAGACUCGACCCCAGCCCUUCUCUCGCCCACUGCCACCCCGCGGAAAGCCAAGCUCGGUGACACAAAAGAGCUAGAAGACUUUAUUGCUGAUCUUGACAGAACAUUAGCAAGUAUGUGAAAAAAGAAGAAGUUCUGGGUCCUUCCAUGAUAAUGGAAGAGCUUGAAACCUCUGAGGAUCUGGUAAAAUCAGCUACAGAAUUUGCUGCCAGAAGGGACAGAAAUGAAGACUCACCUACCACCACCAGGCCAUUCUCAGGCUCAUCCUAUAACCAGCCUUUGGGCUCAUCUCUGGGCAAUUUCAACAGUGAAACUGACUUCGUUUACCUGCUUGCAGCAUAUUAGAACAGACCACCCAUGCUAAUAUUGUAUUUUCACUUAAAAUACAGCUUUCCUGUAAUUUAAAGUGCUUUUAUGAAAAUAUUUGUAAUUAAUUAUGUAUAGUUGGAAACAAUGAUAUGCUCUUCCCAUUAUAAUAUAUUUUUGUAUGCAAAUAAAAUUUGGACUAGAGUCUGUA